GCACGCGCGUCAGCCUCCGCCGCAUUCGUCGAUUCCGGCGCCGGCGGCGAUAGCUUCGGCUUACGCGCGGGGCGGGAUGGCGUACGCCCUUUGCUCUCCCUGCUACCACCACCAUCACCACCGUUCCUUUAACUACCGCCGCCUCCGCGCCUCCCCUUCCAGCCACGCCCGUCUCCCGAGCAGCACCGGCGGCCCGUCAGGAUUGAAAGCCGCAAGGUAUCUUUAUUCCCAGCCAAUGUCCACCGGUAGGGGCAGUCCUGUAUCGUGUUCAUCCAUGGGAUCUUCCAAAAGCAAGCAAGAACCAGAUCAUCUCCUUAUUCUGGUUCACGGUAUCAUGGCAAGCCCCAGUGACUGGACAUACGGUGAAGCAGUGCUGACAAAACGGCUAGGUGACAAUUUUUUCAUCUAUGCUAGUUCAUCAAACAUCUACGCCAAAACUUUUGACGGGAUCGAUGUAGCUGGAAGAAGGUUAGCGAAAGAAGUCUUGGACUUGGUACAGAAGAUGACUGGCUUGAGAAAGAUUUCCUUCAUAGCACAUUCUUUGGGUGGAUUGUUUGCUAGAUAUGCUAUUUCUAUUCUAUACUCACAGAAAGCAGAAGAAACAAGAAGUAGUACUAAUGCCAUGCCAACAACUGAAGGAUCUGAAAUGUCACUACUCACUCCAGGAUUAGGUACCAUUGCUGGGUUGAAGCCAAUUAAUUUUAUUACAUUGGCAACCCCACACCUUGGUGUUAGAGGGAAGAAUCAGCUUCCAUUUCUCCAAGGGCUAUCAGUUCUAGAGAAACUUGCUGCACCUUUGGCUCCCUUCAUUGUAGGACGCACUGGUGCUCAACUCUUUCUCACUGAUGGUGAACCUAGCAAGCCACCUCUUCUUCUAAUAAUGACAUCUGAUCAAGAGGACAAAAAGUUUAUGUCUGCGCUAGCAGCUUUCAAGAACCGCAGUUUGUAUGCUAAUGUUUCAUAUGACCACAUGGUUGGAUGGAAAACAUCUUCAAUAAGGAGAGAAUUGGACCUUAGAAAGCCCUUGCAUCGUUCGGUUGAUGGCUACAAGAACAUUGUGAAUGUGGAAUACUGUUCGCCUGUAUCAUCUGACGGUCCCCAUUUUCCUUCGCGAGCUGCCAGAGCUAAAGAAGCUGCACAAAGUAGACCAAAUAUGGAAAAUACCGAGGAAUAUCACAAAAUGAUGGAAGAGGAGAUGAUCCAUGGCUUGCAGAGAGUGGGUUGGAAGAAAGUAGAUGUCAACUUCCAUGCAUCCCUAUGGCCUUACUCUGCUCACAACAACAUACAUGUUAAGAGUGAGUGGCUUCACAACGCUGGUGCAGGCGUUAUCUCCCACGUCGCGGACAGCGUAAGACAAACAUGUUUGCAUGCCAACCUGUGAGAUCUGCAGUUGGUGAGCUGAAACCUGCCAUGAUCUGCAGGGAAGUGAUACAUCUAGUUGCAGAAGAUUUCCAAGUCAGGCGUGGUUGUUUGGGAACUGGAAGCUGCAAAGAGCCAGCUGUCAGUAUAAUUGCAGAAGGUUCUCAAUUCAGGAGCAGUUGUCUGGGAACUGUUCAUCUCGUUGUAUAUUUUUCAGAUGAUUGCCUCAACUUCUGUUGAAGGCAAAUAUGAUUAGCUUGUAGCUAUUUAUGGAUUCCAUGAAUAAUGUUUAUGGUC